AUGGAGGUCUUAACAUACAAUAAUUUAAACAAUCAUGAUGUAGUCUUUAGAACUCUCACAGUAAUGCAAACUAAAGGAGUCAGCCAGAGCAUCUUGGAUAGCCUCAGCACAGAUGCAGGUUUUGUUAGAUACUGCAUUGAAUGGGUAUCCCAGAGGUGGGAAAUCCAUCACCCCAGUAAUAUCCAGCCUACCCUUGACCAAAUACAGGUUUUGAAGGACCAAAUCGAUACUCAGAAGAAGUCAAUCAGUAAAAUGAAGUUAACGAAUUCGAAGGCAGUUGAAUCAUCCAUUAACUCAGAAUGUCUAGAUCUUGAGGCCUCUCUUCUUAAGAUAAAUCUGAAGAAAAGUAAAAGAUUCCAAAAUUUUGAAAACUAUUCCUCAGAUUUUCUUUUAAAUUUGAAACAAAGAUCUGGGGAUUCUGUGUGGAAAGUUGUCAGGAAUCAUAAAAUUGUAGCUCAUAAAUCUGUAAGAAUAUCUUUUCAUACUAAAAAGCAGAUGAUUGCCAAGAAAUUUUUGGAACACUCUUUCCCUAGUCAAACAAGUGAACUGCUGCUAGAUAAUGGUCGAUUUGACUUUAACGAGCCUAUAAAAAUGAGUAUCAAUAACUAUUUUCAAGAGCUGACCAAAGUGCUACAAAGAGUUACUCAUAAGGUAACUUUCUAUGAAUUUGAAAUAACUCAAAAACAGUUACGUAAACUACUUUCGAGUUGUAGAGAUAAAGGUGUGGUAGCUAUUAAUGAGUGUAAGAUUCAUAUUGAAACUCCUCCUGAUUUCUCACAAGCUCUUUCAGGAUGCAACAUUCAUAAAUUGAGCUUUAAUUCUUGUGGAAUCGAGCAAUUCAGUGAUUGGACAAAAAACCCCAAAGAGUUUGAAAACCUCAUUCAUGGUUUAUCUACAUCAAAAUCUCUUCUAGAGUCAUUAAAAUGAUUGAAUUUCAAUGAAUCUUGAAUUCCAAAGAACGAAUUUGAGAGAGUGUUUACAAAAUACGGAGUCGACAUAAAUCUCGUAUCUCAAAAUUUAGGCUAAUUUGAAUUAAAAAUUAUUCAAUCUG